CUUAACUGCCGAAUCGGAAGCAACGAAUCGGAAGCUAACUUCAGCGUCGUCACUGCUAGCCUGCUAGCGAUGAUUCAUUGCGUUCGUAAAAAAAGAGUUAGCCAAUCUGAAUGGACAUUUAUUCAUUUUUGUUUGCUUGAAACACACUCCGUCAAUAGCUUGUGCCGAUGUGCAGCCAAUCCAAGCUAAAGGACCGACGAGAGCGGAGAGAUCGCCCUGCAUACCGUCCUUUAGCCGCCUCUGAAACCAGCUAACACAGCUAACACAUUACGUUAGCUGGCUGGCUGACAGCUGGUUCGGUUAGCUACGUGCCUUUUAACAGUAACGUAGCUAAGAUUUACUGCCUGAAACAAUGAACUGUCUCUGACAUUGAGAGGACUGAGGCCCAGUUGGUUGUCACAUUGGAGUAACCAGAGCCCAUAACUUGAAGGUGGGUCUUGGCUGACUCUACGGUGGUGCCAGCGAAGAUAAGUGGGUGAGCCGUAAGACAACUUGCCGAUGCACCCUGGUUUUGACCCGCCAGAGCUGCCAAUAUGAUGCCGAUGAUAUUGACGGUGUACCUCAGUGAUGGGGAACAGGCUGUGACUGAGGUGCCCAUAACCCCUGAGACGACGUGCCGGGAUGUCGUCGAGUUCUGCAAAGAGCCUGGUGAGAGCGGCUGCCACCUGGCUGAGGUCUGGAGAGGCAACGAGCGAGCGAUCCCCUUCGAGCACAUGAUGUAUGAACAUCUGCAGAAAUGGGGGCCUCGAAAACAAGAAGUCAAGUUCUUCCUCCGGCAUGAAGAUUCACCAACUGAGAGCAGUGAUCAAGGGAGUCAGCAGUCUCAGGAUCAGACGAGUCGCAGAAGUGGAAACACUGGAGAGAAGCACAAUGAGAAUGGGGUGGGGAAUCAGCGUGUGGAGCUCACGCUGUCAGAGCUGCAGGAGAUGGCCACACGGCAGCAGCAGCAAAUCGAGGCUCAGCAGCAGAUGCUCGUUGCAAAGAAGGAGCAACGUUUGCGUUACCUGAAGCAGCAGGAGCGGCGUCAGCAGCAGACUGUUUCAGAGAGCGAGAAGCUGCAGAGGCUGAAGGAGCGCGUGGAUAGUCAGGAGGCAAAGCUCAAGAAGAUUCGGGCAAUGAGAGGCCAGGUGGACUACAGCAAGGUCAUCAAUGGCAACCUGUCAGCGGAGAUUGAGCAAGUCAGCGGCCUGUUCCAAGAGAAGCAGGCCGAGCUGCAAUCUGCAGUGCUAAGGGUGGAGCAGCUCAGCCUGCAGCUGGAGGACCUGCGGAGGGGAAAGCUCAAUGGCAUACAGACCGCCCUAGGCGGCCAAGUAGCCGGCGCUGCAGCCAUAGAGCUCCGUAAACUCUACCAGGAGCUUCAGAUCCGGAACAAGUUGAACCAGGAUCAAAACAGCAAGCUGCAGCAACAGAAGGAGCUUCUUAACAAACGCAACAUGGAAGUGACGCUCAUGGACAAGCGCAUCGGCGAGCUGCGGGAACGCCUCUACAAGAAAAAAGCUGAGGCACGUCAAAAAGAGAACCUUCCUCUGAAUAGAGCCAACGGGCCUCCCUCCCCCCAGCCAGCUCCUGGUACUCUGGGCCGUGUUGCUGCUGUUGGGCCGUACAUCCAAGUCCCUGUACCGGGCCGACAGGAAGGAGGCUACACCUUACCACCUGAUCCACUGAAGCCUCAGACUCUGGGCGUUAAUAACCAAGCCAACCAUGGCCGCACCAAGUCAGACGGUGUGCGAAAGCCUCCCAGCUCUUGGAAGGUGUCUGAUUUAGACAUCGUUGUGGACCCGGUAACCCCGUCCCUUCCAGAAUCACACCCGGGCACCGGAGCCUCCAUUGGCUCUGACGGCACGUCCCCUAAUGAUACUGGUUGGCCUACUGUAGGCAAGACCAACACAUCUCUAAAGCCUCCUGAGAGAAGAGACUCAGGGACUGAUAUCCAGGGCAAGAGCCCUCCCUCAGGCUCUCCCGUCGCUCCAAGUGCAGAAAAGGUGCUAGAUUCCAAAAUGGUCGUUUCCUCCCCUGCCAUAUCCAAGCCACAGCCGCCCCCCUAUGGCUCCCACCUCACCUCCGCAAACUCUGCCAGCUCCUUGGAGCGCCGCAAGGAUGCGCCGCCUCCUCGCCCGCUCCCAAACCCGCCAGCUCCUGCUUGGCCCCGCGUCCCUGCCUCAACAGGCUCCUCCUCCCAGCAGAUCCAGCAGCGAAUCUCAGUGCCGCCAAGCCCCACCUUCCAGCCUAAUGCACCGCUUUUCCCCCCUGGGCUGAGCGAGCGACUGGAUCCCCCGCCAGCUGUGGCAGUACGCCCCUUCAUCCCAGACAGAGGAUCACGGCCUCAGUCGCCCCGAAAGGGCCCGCCUACCAUGAACUCCAGCUCCAUCUAUCACAUGUACCUCCAGCAGGCAGCGCCAAAGAGCCAGCCACUCAAGCCUGCUCUCAAAGCAGUAUAUGGGAAGCCUGUUCUCCCCCCCAGCUCGACACCCCCCUCACCCCUGCCUUUUGUCCAGGCGGGAGGGGCCUUCCCAUUGCUCCAGAGCCAACCCAGUGGUGAGGACACUUUUGAUGGAGAAUUUGAUGAUCAUGAGUUCUUCCAGCACCCAGAGCCCUCAGCACCUCCUCCCAGUGUGGAGAACAUCCCACGACCACUCAGCCCUACUAAGCUAACACCCAUGGUACACUCCCCGCUGCGCUACCAAAGUGACGCCGAUCUUGAGGUGCUCCGUAAAAAGCUGGCCAACGCUCCGAGACCGCUUAAGAAGCGCAGCUCCAUCACAGAACCAGAGGGCCCCAGUGGACCCAACAUCCAGAAACUGCUCUACCAGAGGUUCAACACUCUGGCAGGAGGCAUAGAGGGAAAUGGAGUCAGCGGAUCAGGAGGUGGCAACGGUGCAGGUAACGGAACACCGUUUUAUCAGCCAGCUAAUCCUCCUGGAUAUCUGGGAGGUGACUCUGUGGCUGACACAGACAAUGGCAACCUCCCCUCUGAGACGGCGCUACCGCCACCACCAGGGGCAGAGGAGCCGGGCUCUGAGGCUCCACCUCAAUCUACUGACGCUAAUGACAACGAGCCACUGCCCUCGCCACCAGAAGGGCUGGGGGAUCCUGCUGAUGCAGAGGGGCCAGAGGACGACGACAACAACAACAACGUGGGAAGCUCUGAGGCGUCGCUGCCCAGCCCUGUGCCGGAGGUCACCACUCCAGAAGAGAGCGGCACGGUGGUCUCACAGCCCCUGGAGAAGCGCACAAACCUGAAGAAGCCGAACUCUGAGCGCACUGGCCACGGCUUCAGGGUGAAGUUCAACCCUCUGGCCCUCCUGCUGGAUGCCUCAUUGGAGGGAGAGUUUGACCUCGUCCAGAGAAUCAUCUAUGAGGUAUGUCGUGACUGUGUGGAGAAUCCUAGCACCCCCAAUGAUGAGGGCAUCACACCCCUGCACAAUGCAGUGUGUGCAGGACAUCACCACAUAGUCAAGUUCCUGCUGGAUUUUGGUGUGAACGUCAACGCAGCAGACAGUGAUGGAUGGACUCCGCUUCACUGUGCCGCCUCCUGCAACAGUGUCCAUCUCUGCAAGUUGUUGGUUGAGUCUGGGGCCGCCAUCUUUGCCAGCACCAUUAGUGAUGUGGAAACUGCUGCAGACAAAUGUGAGGAAAUGGAAGAGGGCUACAUCCAGUGCUCCCAGUUUCUAUACGGCGUUCAGGAGAAGUUGGGUGUAAUGAACAAGGGGACGGUGUACGCUCUGUGGGAUUACAAAGCUCAGAACCCGGACGAGCUGGCGUUCAGCGAGGGGGACGCCAUCACUAUUCUGCGACGACAGGACGAUAGUGAAACAGAGUGGUGGUGGGCGCGACUUGAGGACAACGAGGGCUACGUGCCCCGCAACCUGCUGGGGCUCUAUCCUAGAAUCAAGCCUCGUCAGCGCUCCCUGGCGUAGUGUCUCACUACACUGACCUCUGGCUGACAGCUGGACUAGUGACAAAACCAAGAGCAGAGAACAAAGGAGCCUGGUGCUCUGUCUUCUCCCCGUGGCCAUAACCUCCCCCAGCCUCAUGCUUCGCACAAAAUCCUUUUCUCUGAAGCAGUGGGCACCGAACUGUGACGCACAUAUUUACAUCUGCACACACAUAGACACACACGCAAUGAAACACAAGCACUCCAAAUGUGAAAAUCUCUUAAACCACUCCAUCCUGAACCCACCUUUCAACCAGUUGCUCUGCCAUUGUCCCAACUUGAUUUUACCCCGAUUCAGUGUCCGCUCUGUAUCAGACAUCAACUUGAACAAUAAAACACUAACCCUUGUCUCAGUAUUUCUUGCAGUGUUCACACUUCUUCAGCCACCUCCAUCUCCCUAAUGAAUUCUAUGGUGGCACUGGUUUACAUGACACUAUAUGGAGACUGGAAAAUUAUCUCUAAGGGUGAGAGGGUGCUGAUUAUUGUUAGUGAAAUGUAAUUUUAGUUAUAAGACAUAUUACAUGUUUUUUUUAAUGCCAAUUUGAACCCCUUGCACAAAGAAAUACUAACACAGGAAAACGUGCUCUGUGUUUGAUUUUGCUGUAGUCUAACCACCAAAGAUGAAUAUAGAUUUUAACACUUUUAAAUUUUACUACUCCCUAAGACCUUGCAGAAUUGUUGAGGAGUGAGAUAAUCAAUUGGUUUGCUGCUAUCAGUAAUGAUUAACAGCUCCCAGGAGUGGAUUAAAAGUCCUUCUAGAUAUUCUCAUGGAGCAGAAAAUGGAUUCAGGAGGGGAAAAUAGAAAAUGCUGUAAAUCCUCAGUAUUAACUGCACAAGCCAGUCAGAACAAAUCCAACGUAUUAAAGCAAAGAUUAAUAUAGAUUGACGGCUCACAACUUGUCAUGAGUUGCAUUUCAUGAACAAGUUGUUGCAAGACGUGCUUUACCAAAAAAGGUUGCCAAAUUGAGUGUGCAUCAAGGUUACAAACGUAAAAGAUCUCAUAACUAAGGUAUUGCAGGAAUUAGAAAUUGGAAAAAGUUGUUUUAUAGUUCCAAGGUGGUGAGGCGGGAAAGUAUCAGCUCCACAGAUAUACAAAGAUAUCAGUUCUUUAGGGAAUCAUUGGGUCAGUUUAGCCAUUUUCUUUAACAUUGUUUAAGGAAUCUACAUUCUGUAUGUUUCUAAUUAGUCCAGGCAUUUAUAAUAAGUUGGACAUCACUUUAGAGAUCCAGUUUUUCUGACUUCUUGACCCAGAUAAGAUUUUUGCUUCUGUUGCGAUUAAACUUGACAACAUGGCAAGAAGACAGCAGUAUCUCUACAUGAAAAGUAGAACUUGAAAAUAUUUAAUUAAAUCCAGACACUGCACCUCAAGAAACACUGAAAUCAUCAGCCAGGCCAUCGGAUGAACUUUGUUUACCCUACUUGACACUCAAUUUUAAUAACCUCUUUUUUUUAAUAACCUCUAGCUGCUAAGUAGGUCUCUGGUCAUCUAACAUUGCACUUAUUUUUCUGUGACUGACAAACCCCACUUGAAGCUCUUAAUCUCAGGACCAACACGGUGCUGCUGACACUGUUCCACCACUAAACUAGUGAUCACCGUUCUGUUUUGUUUUCACUCUCAACAAACAUCCCCUUCAUUUGAGCAGCGAACCAAACAAAAGAGAGACAGUCCAAAAUUUAAAAAACAGUAUGAGCCGUGGGCAUUAAUUAUUGAUAGAUGAAAAGACGGUUAUUGUGACUGAAAUGUAAAUGUUGAGAUUCAGACUUUAAAUUCGCUUCAGACAAUCCUGAAUUUGCCCAGAUCUCUUCCCCCAGCUGCCCCCUUUCAGGUAUACACAGUUCCAGUAACACCAUGUUUUAUGUGUCACAUUACUGAACACUUAGUCCAUCAACUUGUUCUGAACCUUGAGUGACUGAGUGUUAUGCAAAGUGUGCUAGCGGCCCAGGCUUUAUCAUGGCUUAGUGUACAUAGUGUGAGGACGUGUUAUAUGUCUGUUUGCUGUAUGGACAAGUGGGCUUUCUGUAUAAACGCUGUACUCACACAUUCAAUUCUGUAAAUGUCAACAAUAAAACAGAAGCUCUGGCAUGA